CUUUCUUUCCACUUUCACUUCGAUAGACAUUCGUAUCAGCCACCCUUGUAAAUCUAUUCUCAAUCAAUGGACUCUGAAUCUCGAACAACCAAGGCGCGCAAGGAGGCCUACAAGGCCAAAGGCGCACUCAAACAAGACGAUCUUAGACGUCGUCGUGAGGAACAGCAAGUUGAAAUUCGUCGCCAGAAGCGAGAGGAGAAUAUUUCCAAGCGUAGAAAUUUCCUGCCUUCCACAGGAGCCGAUUCAGAUGAAGAGGUGAUCAGUGGCAAUUGGGAGGAUCCUCUAGCCGAUGAGAUGAUCGGUGGUGUUUUUUCCGAUGAUCCUGAACAGCAGUUAGACGCGACGACUAAAUUCCGCAAGCUUCUCUCGAAAGAAAGAAAUCCUCCCAUCGAGCGUGUAAUCGAGUGCGGCGUGGUACCUCGAUUUGUCGAGUUUUUGAAAACAGGCCAUUCUAUGUUGCAAUUUGAAGCUGCGUGGGCUUUGACCAACAUUGCAUCCGGUACCGCAGAGCAUACUCAGGUGGUAAUCAACGCUCAAGCCGUGCCCGAAUUCAUCAAUCUAUUGUCAUCUUCCGUCCUAGAUGUACGAGAGCAAGCUGUAUGGGCUUUGGGUAACAUUGCUGGCGAUAGCCCUCAGUGCCGAGACUAUGUACUUCAGCAAGGCGCUCUCCGGCCUUUACUCACCUUGCUGAGCGAGCAUCACAAAUUGAGCAUGCUCCGGAAUGCCACCUGGACUUUGAGCAAUUUCUGUCGCGGUAAAUCACCCCAACCUGAUUGGGAGUUGAUUUCUCCCGCUCUCACUGUUUUAACGAAGCUCAUAUACUCGCUUGAUGACGAGAUUCUGAUUGACGCUUGCUGGGCCAUUUCGUAUCUUUCAGAUGGCUCCAACGACAAGAUCCAGGCUGUUAUCGAAUCCGGCGUAUGCAGGCGUCUCGUCGAGCUCUUGAUGCACAACUCUACCUCUGUUCAAACUCCUGCUCUCCGAUCAGUCGGAAACAUUGUCACUGGAGAUGAUCUUCAGACUCAAGUUGUGAUAGCUUCCGGGGCUCUUCCUGCUCUCCUUGCCCUCCUUUCUUCGCCGAAAGAUGGUAUCAGGAAAGAAGCCUGUUGGACUAUAUCCAACAUCACUGCGGGGUCCCCUCCUCAGAUCCAAAAUGUUAUUGAUGCGAACAUCAUACCUCCCCUCAUUAACAUUCUGCAGAACGCAGAUUUCAAAACGAGGAAGGAAGCUUGUUGGGCCAUUUCUAACGCCACAUCUGGUGGUCUCCAGGAGCCUUCCCAAAUUCGGUAUCUGGUUAGCCAGGGCUGUAUAAAGCCCCUUUGUGAUCUUCUCACCAUGAUGGACAAUAAGGUUAUCCAGGUUGCACUCGACGGUCUUGAUAACAUCUUGAAGGUAGGCGAGAUGGACAAAGCAGCAGCAGGACCAGGUGGUAUUAAUCAAUAUGCCACAUAUGUCGAAGAAGCCGGUGGAAUGAUAACGAUCCAUAAUCUCCAGCAACACGAUAACCUGGACAUUUACAAGAAGGCCUUCAACAUCAUGGACAAAUAUUUCCCUGAUGAUGAAGAAGUUGACACCGCAAUCGCUGCGCCUUCUGUUGAUGCUCAAGGCCAAUUUGCUUUCCACUCCGAUGUCGCUGCACCCCAAGGAGGGUUUAGUUUUGGACAGUAGAAGCUCAGCCAACUAUUAGGUUUUGCUAUGUCACCAUCUACUUAGGCUACAUAAAAACGACCUGUUCUUCCUUAUUUUGCUGAUACUUAGGUUCCGUCAAACAUUGUCUUUGUAUUCCUUUAAUCAAUCCAAUAUCUGUGAUCCUCCCUUUCAUUGUUUUUUAAAACAGUAAAUCGUCUUUAUGUAUGUAUGUAUGUAUCCAAUCCCAAAAUUUUCAGGCGGUUUUUUCUUUCCUUGCGU